CAGUCUUGCAUCACGCGGAAGAACCAAACCCACGGCUACACCAAUAAACCGCGAGAACACGCCGGCUAUAAGGAAGAGAAUUACCAUAUUCAACGCACAUAUGAGUUUUUAUAUCUUUCUAUUAAAUAUUGGCAUCAAAGUAUCUGAUACGUUACAUUUACUUUGACGAAUAUAAACCGAAGAAUAUUUCAGCUCGCGACGUUGAUAACGAGUGACGGACCAAACAACAGCCACACGUGCUCGUUUCCUGCUUUGAAAGGACCGAAGAAUAAAACAUUAUCGCCGACAUUCUCCGUUUUCUGCCAUCUCUGGGUUUUGUUCUACCUCUUCGUUGACAACAUUUUCUGGGGACAGAUGGAGAAGCAGCCCUUGCCAACUGACGAUGACAGGACAGGAACCAUAGAGUCUGAGAUUGACUGCUACGUUGGUGAAGUGAGCCAGCAGGGCUCAUCUGAGCCUGCCGCUCGAGCAGGAUGGAACAGUAAAAUAGAGUAUUUUUUGGCUCAGGUGGGAUUCAGCGUCGGGCUCGGGAACGUGUGGAGGUUUCCAUAUUUGUGUCAUCAAAAUGGAGGAGGAGCUUUUCUCCUCCUGUAUGUGCUGCUGAUGCUGGUUGUGGGCAUUCCCUUGUUCUUCCUGGAGCUGGCAGCCGGUCAGGCCAUCCGACAGGGCAGCAUCGGAGUGUGGAGGUAUAUUUCCCCCAAGCUGGCAGGGAUUGGCUACUCCAGUUGUGUGGUAUGUUUCUUUGUGGCUCUGUACUACAAUGUGAUCCUUGCAUGGAGUCUUUUCUAUCUUGGGAACUCAUUCCAGUACCCGUUGCCUUGGGAACAGUGCCCAGAACAAGGGAAUAUAACAGUAAAAGAAUGUGAAAAGAGCUCCCCCACAUCAUAUUUCUGGUAUCGCAAAGCCUUGGACAUCACAGACUCAAUUGAUGAGACAGGCUCUUUCAACCCUUACAUCGUCUGUUGUCUGUUGGCGGCCUGGACAGUCGUGUGCCUGGGAAUGUCGAAGGGUAUCAAGUCCUCGGUCAAGGUGAUGUAUUUCUCCUCCAUCUUUCCCUACGUGGUGCUGUUUUGCUUCCUGGUCCGAGGGUUCCUGCUGAAUGGGGCCUGGGAAGGAAUCACCUAUAUGUUCUACCCCAAGCUGGAAAUUUGGGCAGACAUUCAGGUGUGGCGGCAGGCAGCCACGCAGGUCUUCUUUGCCUUAGGUCUUGGCUUUGGGUCCAUUAUCGCCUACUCCUCUUACAAUCCCAAGAACAACAACUGCCACCGGGAUGCCUUCACUGUCUCUACUAUAAACUUCCUCACAUCUGUGCUCGCCACUCUAGUUGUGUUUUCUGUGCUCGGCUUUCGCGCCAAAGGCAAGGCCAUGGAAUGUGUUGUCAGUAAUACUAGGGAGUUAUCAAAGCAGUUUCACAGUAGUAAUGUGGACACAAACCUGAUGCCCGGCUUCAACUACUCUGAUCCCAAUUCUGUGACUCUAGAGGACUACAGGGCCUGGUUUAAACAGUAUGGAAAUAUGGUCCCAGGCAAUUUAACAGACUGUGACCUGGAAAAAGAGAUGCAACAGGGUGUGGAGGGCACAGGUCUAGCUUUUAUUGCCUUCACCGAGGCCAUGUCACUCCUGCCUGGCAGCCCCUUCUGGUCAGCGCUUUUCUUCCUCAUGCUGCUCAACUUAGGCCUCAGCACCAUGUUUGGCACAAUGGAGGGCAUCCUCGCCCCACUCACUGACCGCUUCAAAACUCUGGCCAACAACAAGACCAAAUUCACAAUUUUCAGCUGCAGCCUCGGCUUUGUAAUUGGACUGGUCUUCACCCAGCGUUGUGGGAACUACUUUGUGAUGAUGUUCGAUGAUUACUCCGCCACUCUGCCCCUCAUCAUUGUGGUGGUUUUUGAGACCUUCAGUGUGUCUUGGCUGUAUGGAGCUGAUAGGUUCCUUGAUGACAUUGAGGCCAUGCUGGGCUGGCGUCCCCAUGUGAUUUACAAGUAUCUGUGGAAAUACAUCUGCCUGAUUGCCAUGCUGGGGCUGCUGGCAGCUACCACUAUUCGCAUGUUCAUCCAACGCCCUACUUAUAUGACAUGGAACCAAGAAAAGGCGUCUGAGGAGCACCUGGAGUACCCAGACUGGGCUCUAGCCGUUUUGGCUAUUCUCAUCAUAUUUGCUAUAAUGCCCGUGCCAGUGGGCUUGAUCCACGCUGUUCUGCAGGACAGGAGGACGCAAACAGCCAGAGAUACAGAGACUGGUCAGUACAUCAUUGUUAGCACUGAUGACAAGUGUGAAACUCCUAUGACCGACCUGUCAGAACUGGACCGAAGGAACGGGAGCGCCAUCUCCUUUUCCUAAACACUGGACAUGAUGUCACACAGUGGGAAAGGACUUGCAGUCAAAAUGUCUCAUAGAUUUGAGUGCAACUUUGGCACAGAAAGCAAUCGCAAAGUGGGACAAAAGAUUCCUUACAUUACUAUUUAAAACUUUUUCCACCUUUUUAUUAUUUACCAUUUUAAAUUAAGUCCAAGGUAUCCAGAAAAAAAUACUACUACUUCAAGAGGUACAACUUUUAAUAAAAAAUCUGUAAUAUGGAACAACAAAUACGUUAUUGCUGUGUAGUAACACAAGGUAACCACUAAACUGAUUAUUAGAGUGGUACAAUGUGUUUUCAGUAUGAGCCUCAGACAUCACAUCAUGUUUCUGCAUUACUUAGUUUUGUACAAAUAGUUCACUUGUCCAUUUAUCUAAAACAUCCUACAUGUUUCACCCUUUUAUAAAGGCACUCUUGUGUGAGAUGCACCUCUUCAAUCAAUCCAUAGAUGCCACUUUGACAAUUAAAUUUCACUCUUCUUUUUGCUGAGGACAGACUUACAUCUUACCACCGUUCAGUCUCUUCUGUAUGUGUUUAAAGCCCUUGUUUGGUAACUUUUUAGAUUUUUUAUUUAUUUAUUAUUAACUCUUUUUACAGCACAGUGAAUUUGACAGUUGUUAUGAUACAUUUUAGUCAGGGUUUAAGUUUGUGAGUUAAAUUUUGAGAUGGAGUUACAACAAAAAGCUAAUCCUGAAUUAAAACAGGGAAAAUGGCGGCAUCACUGUAUCGAUGUGUAAGACAUUAAUAAUUAAUAGUGCAUGUUGCACGGCACAGAUACUUUCCAGUUAAAUGCUGUCGUUUGAUGUUACUUAAAUGUAGGAAUACAAAGGACGGCCUGAGAGUGAAAGGAAGACACUGUUAAAGGGAUACAGAUCCCGUCUAUUUUGCCACAAUGUUACAUUUCCCUCAAAGCUAAGCAACUGCAAGUAUAGUUGUACAAGUUUUGUGAGACUGUUACUUCAA